AUGUCCGCAAUGCUGUGCCCGGCCCCACCUCGCCCCCUUCGCGCCGAUGCUGGGAACGGCGCUGGGAACGGAAAGGAAAGAGAAGAGGAGGAGCACGCCGGAGCUUCCCACCCACCGUGCCUCCGACCGUCGCUCCUCGGGCUGCCCGCCGCCGCCGCCGGGCACGUCGCGAGGAGGACGAUGAAGCUCGCCGCACCGCUAGCCGGAGGAGGAGGAAGCUCGCCGCUCGGCACCUCCACGUUGCCUCGUCGCCCGGCCCCACCUGGCCUCGUCGGUACCUCCACGCAUGUGUGCAGGACCCACGCGCCGGCGAGCAGCCACGGCCGCGGGCGCGCACCAGGCGCUGGGCUGCAGCGACCGCGUCCCACCGCAGCCUGCUCCGCCCGCGCGUGCGCGGUCGCCGGGGCAGGGACGGGCGGCCGCCCGCGCGCCACGUCCCACGGCGCGGGCGCCAGGGAGGGAGGCCAGAGGAGGCCCGCGCCGGCUUGGGGAAAGGGAGGAGGGAGGAACGAGGAGGGGGAGGGGGAGGGGGCGCCGGGGCAGGGACGGGCGGCCGCCCGCCGCGCCACGCCCGCCCGCGGCGAGUGCGAACGCCACGCAGGCUAG